AACUUAUAUUUUCUUUUUUAAAUAUUAAUAUUUGAGAUACGAACUGACAGAACUAAAAACACUGAUAUAGAUAGUUCUUUUAAAUAAAACAAACGUAAUACGAUUUUAAAAAGUACAGAUAAAAAUCUGAGGAUGUAACUUCAAAGAGGAUUACGUGAAGAUUUAUAGAGGGUUAAUCGUUGUAAUAUCGCCUAAUAACUAAGGAAUAGAAAAUUUAUUUAAUAUAUUUUGAUCAAAUUGAAAGAUUUUUUGAUGAUCAAAUAAAAUCAAAUCAAAUCAGUAAUAUUAUGUCGUUUUCGUCUUGCGAGCACUUGUAACGACAUUCUCAGCUCAGCACACGCAAACAACUCAAGCAGAUGCGUAUUCCCGACUUAUUUUGAUAUUCAUAAUAAUCGUUCAAUACCGAUCUAAAUCUAAAUUUGAUCCGGUCAAAUAAAUCAAUUUAUUUUAAUCAAUGUAAAAAAACAAAGAAAUGAGAUAUCAAUUCUCCGGAUUAACGUUUAUUGGUCUAACGUCUCGCGAAUGCGUAUCUCUUUAAACACUUAACAUUCAGUCGACGAAAUAUCUUGUCCAUGUGAAGUGAGAGCGUUUCGAGGAGUAACACACGACGAUAAUAAUUUAUUGUUGUUGUUAUUAUGAAUUAUACAUUAUAUAUAAUAUAUAUGAGGAACAUGGGUAAAAUCGGAAUAUGUGAAAAGGAAAAGAAAAAAGAAAAAAAUUGGGAGAAGAAAAAAAAAUAAAUAAAAGAAUCGACAUAAAAAAUGAAAAAAAUAACUGUGCUUAACAUUAUGCGUAAUUAAUGACAGUGAACAAAUGAUUAGGAUAAAAAUUGUUUUUGUUAGAUGACGAAAACUUGGUUGGUUGUUAGGGUUCGAGUGGGGGGAGGUGUUCGAGAUGUACGGGGAAAAUAAAAAAUGGAAUGGUAUAUAUAAAUAUAUCUACGUUUUAGUAGUUAAUGGAAGAAAAAUUAAAACGAUUUCAUCGAAACGCUGCGCGCAGUUAUAUGGACAAUGAUGUCGGCCGUACGUCGCGGUGGGCGAAAGAACUGCGACGGCGCCCGGCGUCCGGAAGAGGAUCCGCGUUACAAUAAAUAAAAUCGUCAGCCAGCAUAGAAAGAAAGAAAUAAAAAGAGAGAGAGAGAGAGAGAGGGAGAGAGGCAGAAAGAGAGAGAGAGAGGAAAAGUGGAUAAAAAAUAUAUAUAUACAUAACUUUCAAAGAAAUAUUAAUGAAGGCCGAUACGCGAUCUAUUAUUGAAAAAAAAAGAAAAGAAAAGAAAAAGAUCUAAAGUAUUUAUCUCGCCAUACAAAUCAAUCUACACUUUUCAAGGAACGAAACUUAAGAAUAGAAGAAAGAGAAAGAGAGAGAGAGAGAGAGAGAGAGAGAGAGAGAGAGAGAGAGAGAGAGAAAGAAACAAACAGAAAAAAUAAGAGAGGAAAGACAAAAUGAGAACAUUGUAGAAAAGAGAGAGAAAGAAAUAGAGAGAGAGAGAGUAAAAAAGAAAAGAAAAUGGAGAAAAAAUACCUAUAAAUACCUAAAAUAGUAAAGAGUAAUAUUAAACGAAAAUUGGAAAAUGAAGGAUUAUUGGAAGCUCGGCGAAACGUCGCUUUUCUUUCGUCAACCGGGACGCCAUACCGGUGCAACGUUCGCUUCCUCGAGGCUGUCCGAAUAAUAUUAAUCGAAAAUGUCCAAGUGGGAAAAAAAACUUAGUAAUUGAUGAUUAGAGAUGAUCAGGCCAAUAAAUAGAACGGAUAUAGAAGAGAACAGGAGAGACGAAGGGACAAUCGGACAGCCUCGUGUCCUUAGCGGAGGAGCACCCAGCGAACGCGAUCAACGAAAUUAUCAUCUCAUCUAAAUAUAUAUAUGAGCUAAAAGAGACGAACGAGACGCUGAAGAGCCUACAGACGAGGUUGGAGCUGGCGUACGCAUCGACAGCGUCGUCCGGUGCACCGGUCGCCGGUGGAGGAGCACUCGGAGGGCUAGGUAGCGUAUCGUGCGGGGGUACGGGAAUCAGCGGUACCGUCCUAGGAGGUAGCGUGGCGGUUCCAGGCGGCGUGCCCGGUAGCACCACCCUGACGGCCAUCAUGGAGACGAAAGAUGCCCGGAUACAAACGUUGGAGAAGGAGGUAGCACUAUUGGAAACGGAGUUACAGCGUAUCAAGGAGUGCGGUGGUAGAUUGAGGGAGCAGUUGUUGAAAGCCACCGCCGUGCCAAGCGGCGGUGACAUGCAACAGCUUCAACAACAAUUUCAGCAACAACAGCAACAACAACAACAGCAAAUACAGCAGCAACAACAGCAACAACAACAACAACAACAAUUAGGUUUAUCGAAUGUCACAAGUGGUGUUACGGGUAUCGAGCAACAAGCUCAACAGGGAUUGGUGACGGCCUUGGGUGGUCCACAACAGUCCGGCACGUUGGCCCUGGCCAGGGGACCGUCCGUGAUGACCUCCCUGGUACCGUACGGUCACUCGUCGUCCACGGCACUAACCACUCCGUUGCUUGCCGGUUCGACAGGUGGAACCUUGAGCGGGAGCAGCGGGGUCGGCAUCCUUGGCGGCGGUUCCUCGUGCCUGGCCGGCAUCUCGUCGGGCACCACCACUGGCGUGGUCAAUCCCUAUACCGAUCGUUACUCCGAUCAUCACCUUCAUCCCCAUCAGCUUCACCAUCAUCAGCAUCACCAUCAUCAUCAUCUCCAUCAGCAGCAGCAACAGCAACAACAACAGCAGCAGCAACAUCAACAGCAUCUAUUGCAGCAGCACCAGCAACAUCAGAUCCAGCAGCACUUAAGGCAAAUAGAGCCAGCGGCCGCAGGAGCCUUGGCGCUCCAUGCCCACACCUUCAACAAACACGACCUGAACUUCAAACGGCAAGUAAGUUUCUUCAUCAACAACGUGCGCAUCGAAAAGAACGACGCCGUCUAGGGAGGUGGGAGGUGCCGCGCGGAAUUUGGACGACACCUUUGAUAACCUUUGAACCCUGGCUACCACACGUUGGCUAACACCGUUUCUUCGUUUUCUUCGACGUCCGCUGAGUUCUCUCUCGCGCGCUUCCGCUCGCUCCCCCCGAAACCCCCUCUUCUCUUCGGCUUUUCGAAUCUCUACGGAGGAGCAUGAUGAUGAUGAUGAUGAUGAUGAUGAUGAUGAUGAUGAUGAUGAUGACGACUGAGUAGCAUCUGGAGCAUGAUCUAACACUUAAGUUUUAGAAAUUAUAUCGAUGACACACACAUCGUGCCUGCUCCUCUCUCGUUUCAUCGGAUUCAAGAUAUACAAAGGGACGGAGAGAAAUUGGAAAACAAAAAGAAAGAAAUAGAAAGAGAAAGAAAAAGAGAGAGAGAGAGAGAGAAAGAAAGAAAGAGAGAGAAGGAGAAUGAAAUACUAACUACUCCCCUUAACGACGAAUGCCUGGAAAAUAAUCGGAAAUAAUCAAUCAAGCCUAUCCGAUGAUAUUCCUUCUAUAUAUCUCAUAUAAAAUAUGUACAAUAAAAAAUGAAAGAAAAGAGAGGGGAUGGAAACUGAAGGAAGAGAAAAAAAGAAAGAGAAAGAGA